ACCCGGCCCGGUGCACAUCCUCCUCCGGAGAGAGAGAGAGAGAGAGACUGGAGGCUGGUUCUUGCUAAUUGUGAGUCCAACAGGACCCGAGCACCAAAAGUCAGUAAAAGACUGAUAGGCCGUGCGCCACUGCUGCUCUUUUGGUCUUCGUGUGCUUUAGCGGGGAUUAGAUUCACCAAGAUCCUGGGCAGGACGGAUGUCCCGACGACCGCCAGCACUGAGCUCGGGUCCUGAAAACAGAAGAUUUUAGUGUUUUCCCCGUUUUUUGGAGACGAAGCGGGGACAAGCGGGCGAUCCGGUGAUCCGUGUUGCUGCUGCUGCUGCCAUGAAGCUGCCGGGCUGGAUGGCUGUGGCGCUGCUGCUCGCGCACUCUGUGUCGACACAGCGUCGCUCAUCACGGCCAGUGGAUCAGGAGGGCUCUGGAGAUGAAAUCUAUGAUGAUGAGGACUAUUUUUCUGGUUCAGGCUCAGGCUAUUCAGUGACGGAGGAAGGAACCAAUGAACCGUUUACUUCUCCCACCACAAAAGAAUCCCUCCCAUUUUCAACCACACAGGCCACUGGACCCGCCCCUUCAGCCCCACCCGCUGCAGAGCCCAGCAGCACCCCGGCGCCAGAACUAGACAGGGAGAGUGGUAUGGAUAGUGAGAGGGAACUGGAGCUGGAGAUGGAGAAAAAGAGAGAGCAGCAGAUAGAGCACGAGCAGGAAAUGGAGAGAGUGCAGGAAAGAGAGAGAGAGCGGGAGAGGGAAAGAGAGCGAGAGAGGGAGAGAGAGCGAGAGAGGGAAAGAGAGCGAGAGAGGGAGCGAGAACGAGAGAGGGAGAGAGAAAGGGAAAGAGAAAGGGAGAGAGAAAGAGAGAGGGAGAGAGAACGUGAUCGUGAAAGAGAACGUGAACGUGAAAAAGUGAGAGAGAGGGCAAGAAGUACAAUUGCCCCCAUUGCUCCAAAAAUGACCACAGACACUCUAAAUCUUAUAAACAAGACCCCUAGUCCCAAUGAGGAUAUGGUCACCACUGAAGACGAGGAUAGUUUUUUCAUUUCCACAGAAACCUACCCCUUCGAUUCACUCAGCUCUGAGGACCCCUUCACAGAUGACAUCACAACCACUGAAAUGGCUCCCAUCACUAUCGCUUCAACUACAGCUAGGCCAAUCACGACUCCCGCUGCAUCCAGCACUCCUUCUCCACGAUCACGAAAACCUGUACCCAGUAUCUCUCCUCCACGACCACGGAAACCCCAAGCCACACCCAGCCUAGCCACACCCACUGAAAGUACACGCCCAUUGCCAGCUUCUACAGUGGAGGUAAAAACACCCGAAACAGACAUAAAUAAUGAAGUUGCAGUCGCCGGUCCCAGCGGGGACUCUGAGAUCCGAGAGGAGGAUGGACGACGAGGAAAUGAAUUGGGGCAUGGCAAAGGUGCAUCUGACGGGGGAGCAGAGCCUGAUUUGACUGGAAACACAAUAGAUACAGGAAGUUCAGCGGCUCAGCUUCCUCAGAAAAACAUCUUGGAAAGAAAAGAAGUUUUGAUAGCUGUGAUUGUUGGAGGUGUAGUUGGCGCACUCUUCGCUGCGUUCCUGGUCAUGUUGCUUGUUUAUCGAAUGAAAAAGAAGGAUGAAGGCAGCUACACUCUGGAGGAACCCAAACAAGCCACAGUCACUUAUCAGAAACCAGACAAGCAGGAGGAAUUCUAUGCCUAAAAUCCACACACUCUCCUUCUUUUUCUUUUUUUUUUUGCAUCCCUCCAUCCUUCUAGCCUCUUCUCCUUCUGACCCUUCUUUCUUCCUGUCAUUUCUAUCUCUGUUUCUUCCUGACUCCCUCCUUUCUCCAUGAGAGUGCCUGCCACUCUGCGGACUUAGGACUUUCUUUUGAAUGGGAAAAAAAGAUCAUCAAAAUAAAGAAAAAAAGGCUUUGGACAGAAUUUUGCAGAUCUGCUAGGGAGGGAUAGGGACUCCAUACAUACAACAAGAAAACAAGAAAAGCAAAAAAAAAAAACAUUUUUUUAAGUACACGUUGCUAUUGAUAUGUUUAAAAUUGUUGUUCUAUAAAAUUAUGACAUAAAACGUUUUGUAAAGACACAUGUUCUAUAAAUGCACAAUAUUCCUCUCCAGCUGAGCAUGGAAGUCAAGACGCAUGACAGAGGGAGUGAGGAAGGAAAAAAGGACAGAGAAGGUCAUGGUGGGGCAGAGAGGGUCAAGGGAAAGGAAUGAAAAAGAUAAGACAAUGGGAGAGAAGUGGAGAAGGAAUUUUGAGGCCGUGCUAUUCUGAAAAGGUCAUGCUUCUGUCACAAGGGUCGCGUUGUGCCUUCCAUUCCCCUGGUGCUAGAAGCUGAGCAUGACCGCAGAAUGGUGUGUGUGUUUGAGUGUGUGUGAGGCUGAGGUGUCAUGGAUUUGCUGCCAUCUCUGACCUAUAGAAGCCCAGUCACUCACACACACUCACACACACACACACACACACACACAUGGUGUAACUCCCUCUGCUGGUGAGAGUGUCUGUCAGCAAGGCUGUCCUCAAUGACUGUAGAAUUCUAUCUUUCGAGCAGGGAGGCUGAAAAAAAACCCUAUGAUUAACACAGCACAUAAACAUUAAGGAAACAUUUGCUGUGACGGUGCGCAUGCAAAGAAACAGGAUUAUCUAUUUCUCUGUUCUGUACAAAGACAAUUAGUUAUCAAUAGUAAAAAUAAUCAGUAAUAUAUCAGCAGUUCUGAAUGGAUGGUAAGAGAUGAUAAUAUUAGUAGUGAAGGAUAUCUAUUUAGCUGUGCAGUAAAAGUUUUACUGGUGUAAAUAUCAACUCUUUUUUUAAUUUCAGUUUAAUCAUGCUUUUAAAUAUGCCUUUUAUGUAGUAAAAAUCUGUGCGCACACACACACACAAAUACAUUUAUCAUUUUGGAAAUAGCAGUCCCAAUGUUUCAGCAAAGUAAUUAGGGAUUUUAUUUAACAGAACAGCUCAUUGCUUGCCCAUUGCUUAAGUUGGAAAAAUAAACAUUCCUCAUGUUUUCAGUAUUUUCUUGAUGUUUUAUCAGGUAAAAAGCACAAGCUCACACGAAUGUGUCUCACUUUUUCAUUCACUCUCUCACGCCACCACAUUCAAACACAGUACUGCACCAUUAGGUGUUUAGUGGUCAUGUCCUCUGAAUGAUAUAAGAUAUAAGAGUUAGAAGGCAUAGACUAUGCCAUUGGGACAGGGAUGUCGGGGAAUCAGUAUGUGUUUUGGUCAGAAUUAAAGCCAACAGCCGGGAAGGAUUAAUGAUUCAAGAGGAGUGAAAAUUCAGCUUAAGGAAAUAAAACAGAAACUACUUAGGGAAGGUCAUAAGAGUUUGUCAGGUUGUUUUUGAUUAUGUUGCAAACAUUGUGUCAAAGUGCUGCACAUCGAGGUCAAUAAAACGAAAUGACUGCGCUGUUAGAGUUAGGUAAAAGUGCAUGAUGUAGCAAUAAUGCAGCUAUUAACAUUGACACACCCAUAAUGCUGUCACCCUCCAGUGCAUCUGAGGGAGAAUGUACUCACGCUUUCAUGCAGAUCUCCACUGCCUGGCCUUACUGUAACCUUAACAAAUGCUAUAGUCACCUGUAUGUGGCAUUACAUGUUUGUCACAUAUCAUUCCAUGUGUUACAGCAGUGGGUGACACGAACGAGACCAUAGCACAACUUUAGAGCACCGAGAGGUGUUUAUUAUGUCCCUCACUGCCCACAGUAGCAAAUCUUUGGUAGGUAAACUAACUAAUUCAUAACAUAUCACUAUAAGGGGACAUGAACGGGACAGGGCUAUGACUCUUAAUAGACUGCACUGAACCACAUUACACAACCUAAAGAUUUUAUAUGUACACCACAGUACUAUAGAGUUCAGCGAUCCAUCGAUAGAGCAUGGAGUGCGUCUGCGUUCGUUUAAAGCAGGGGGUGUCAGACACUACAGAGUUAUUCCUUACUCAGUUCAUUAUUUCCUCACCAAUGCCUUCAUCAGUUCCAUUUGUUGUACUAGAAGAGAGAAAACACAAAAAUGUCCAUCACUCCCUGGAUCCGAGUCUGACCCCCUGAUUUAAAAACUGUGGGAAGAAAAAUCUUGGGUGGUGUUAUAAGCAUGUGAGGUGGAUGUACAUCUAUCUAAAGAUUGCAAUUUCACACCAGUGUACCUGUAGCUUGAAUAUUUUUAAUAUGAUUAUCUAACCUGUAUGAUCAUGUCAUGGCUGUGUGUGCAUGUAUCUGCCCAUGCGCUCACUGAAAUGUACCUGCCCCAUGUUUUUUCUUCUUCAACUCUACUAAAGUCAUCUACCGGGGGUUUUUUCAUGGAGUAGGAUUUAUUCAGUUAGCAGAGUAAGCUAAGCUAGAAGGCAGUACAUUGCCAAUACAAAUAUUUUUUAUGUUUUCUGGGUCAAAUGAUAUUGCACUAACUGUGAUUUCUGACUUCAUAAAAUAACCUCCAGGACACCUCCAACUAGUGUCAUUAGUAGAACUAAUUACUGUAAAACACACACACACACACCACAAAGUUUUAUAACUAGGUCCUUGAGAAAUCCCUUAUGACCAUUAAGACAUCAUGCACCUUUCUGUGAUUAAAUGCACUAACAAUAUUGUCACACAAUCUCUGCAUUCACUCAUAAAUAGCUAUAAGUUUGCCUUCCCGAUCAGUGACUAGUAGUUCAAUUUAUAGAAAUACUCAAGCCUACAUUUGAUCAUACUUCAGGGAUCAAGCUGUUUUGAUUGUUCACAUUUUUAAACAUAUGUAGCUAUUUCCAGCAUGGCUACAAGAUUACAAUGGCUUACGAGGAUAUUAAAAAAAAGACAUGCACACAAUUUCACUGAGCUAUAUAUACUAUAUAUGCCAACACGACACAAAUGCACACCCACAUGCCUCCCAACACCAACAAACACCUGUUCACGUGGGAAUGUCUGGUGGUCAUUGUGUGUUUAACCUGAAUGGAUUUGUCUCAGUGGAAGUUUGUUUGGUUGAUUGCUGUUUUCCUUGCCAUCUACCUUAACCUGUCACUUUCUUCCCAUGGCCAAAUAAAAGGCGGGCCUUCCUGUGUUUGCGUGCCAAUCACAGGUCAGCAUGGUUUUGAUGUGAGGGUUGCCCAUUGUGUUUUAUACGUGCGCAUUUUUAAGAGCAGAGGUUUUUAUUUCUCCUCAUUUGGUUUGUGUAUAUGGGGGCGACAUUCUGUCACUAAUAUGCCACUCUGUUCUAAAUAAAAGACCUGAUUGGGUA